GGAGGGCCCAGUCCUGGGCCAGCCCCUGAGGGCUGGAUUCUGGCUGCAGGCUCUCCACUCAGUCCAUCCACUCCCGCCUCCAGAGUCCAAGGGUCUAUGUGGUGGGCAGUUUGAGCUGGCUGGAUACUAGAGGGAGGCUGCACCUGAAACGGUUGGUGGGUGAGCAGCAUGGGUUUUGAGGAGCUGCUGGAGCAGGUGGGUGGCUUUGGGCCCUUCCAACUGCGGAAUGUGGCACUGCUGGCCCUGCCCCGAGUGCUGCUACCACUGCAUUUCCUCCUGCCCAUCUUCCUGGCUGCCGUGCCUGCCCACCGAUGUGCCCUGCCGGGUGCCCCUGCGAACUUCAGCCAUCAGGAUACGUGGCCGGAGGCCUACAUUCCCCGGGAGCCCGAUGGCACGCUUAGCUCCUGCCUCCGCUUUGCCUACCCCCAGGCUCUCCCCAACACCACGUUGGGGGAAGAAAGGGAGAGCCAUGGGGAGCUGGAGGAUGAACCUGCCACAGUGCCCUGCUCUCAGGGCUGGGAGUACGACCACUCAGAGUUCUCCUCUACCAUUGCAACUGAGUCCCAGUGGGAUCUGGUGUGUGAGCAGAAAGGCCUGAACAGAGCUGCAUCCACUUUCUUCUUCGCCGGUGUGCUGGUGGGGGCUGUGGCCUUUGGAUAUCUGUCUGACAGGUUUGGGCGGAGGCGUCUGCUGCUGGUGGCCUACGUGAGUACCCUGGUGCUGGGCCUGGCAUCUGCAGCCUCCGUCAGCUAUGUAAUGUUCGCCAUCACCCGCACCCUCACUGGCUCAGCCCUGGCUGGUUUUACCAUCAUCGUGAUGCCACUGGAGCUGGAGUGGCUGGAUGUGGAGCACCGCACCGUGGCCGGAGUCCUGAGCAGCACCUUCUGGACAGGGGGCGUGAUGCUGCUGGCAUUGGUUGGGUACCUGAUACGGGACUGGCGAUGGCUUCUGCUAGCUGUCACCCUGCCUUGUGCCCCAGGCAUCCUCAGCCUCUGGUGGGUGCCUGAGUCUGCACGCUGGCUUCUGACUCAGGGCCGUGUGAAAGAGGCCCACAGGUACCUGCUCCACUGUGCCAGGCUCAAUGGGCGGCCAGUGUGUGAGGACAGCCUCAGCCAGGAGGCUGUGAGCAAAGUGGCUGCCGAGGAACGGGUGGUCCGAAGACCUUCAUACCUAGACCUGUUCCGCACGCCACGGCUCCGACACAUCUCACUGUGCUGCGUGGUGGUGUGGUUCGGAGUGAACUUCUCCUAUUAUGGCCUGAGUCUGGAUGUGUCAGGCCUGGGGCUGAACGUGUACCAGACGCAGCUGUUGUUUGGGGCCGUGGAACUGCCCUUCAAGUUGCUGGUCUACCUGUCGGUGCGCCACGCAGGACGCCGCCUCACGCAAGCUGGGACACUGCUGGGCACGGCUCUGGCGCUUGGCACUAGACUUCUAGUGUCCUCCGACAUGAAGUCCUGGAGCACCGUCCUGGCAGUGAUGGGGAAAGGUUUUUCUGAAGCUGCCUUCACCACUGCCUACCUGUUCACUUCAGAGUUGUACCCUACGGUGCUCAGACAGACAGGGAUGGGGCUGACUGCACUGGUGGGCCGGCUGGGGGGCUCUUUGGCCCCACUGGCGGCCUUGCUGGAUGGAAUGUGGCUGUCACUGCCGAAGCUUGCUUAUGGGGGGAUCGCCCUGCUGGCUGCCGGCACCGCCCUCCUGCUGCCAGAGACGAGGCAGGCACAGCUGCCAGAGACCAUCCAGGACGUGGAGAGAAAGAGUGCCCCAACCAGUCUUCAGGAGGAAGAGAUGCCCAUGAAGCAGGUCCAGAACUAAGUGGGAGCGGAGGCAGGCCCUCCACAGAAGCUCUGCAGCAGGGGCUGGGAGAGCAGAAGGGCAGGCCCUGCAACUCAGGCUGGGAGUAUCGAACCCUCUGCCUAGGGCUGGAGUUGCUGCCAGUACCCCCUCCCUGUGCUCCUCCAACCUUGAUUAUUUGGCUUCUAGGAACAGUUGACUUCCCAGAAUGCAGUGGCUGCUGGGCACUCCUCUCAUGGCUGGGGAGGAUUCUGUAAAUAAAGGUGCCCCUUGGGUUGGGGCAGUGGUGAAGAGCUGUGGGAAGAGCCCUGGAUAGGAAGCCACCAAGUCUGCCCUCGGCUCUGAAAACACCUUCAUCAUUAA